GCUUCUGUACCUGGAUAUAAAGGAUCGAGGCUCAACACAGACAAGACGAAGAUAUCUGGCUGCUGCGCUCACAAACCGCAAAAAUGAUUCUCUUUUUAUUUAUUGUGUGUUUAUUGGUUGCGUAUUUUAUUUGUCAUAGGAUUUUUGUUCAAAGGAAGACUUUCACCGGAACUGCCAAACUAUAUGGGAAAACUGUCAUUGUAACAGGUGGCAACACCGGCAUCGGGAAGGCGACUUCGGCAGGGCUGGCCAUGAGAGGAGCCCGGGUGAUUCUGGCCUGCCGCAGCAAACAGAGAGGAGAAGCAGCAGCACAAGAAAUCAGGAAGGAAACUGGGAACGAUGCUGUGAUCUUCAUGCAACUGGAUCUUGCGAGUCAGAAAUCCAUCCGAUCGUUUGCCCAAACCUUCCUGAAGGCCGAGCACAGGCUGGACCUGCUCAUCAAUAAUGCUGGACUGGCUGCUCCAGGACGCACUGAAGAUGGCAUCGGGAUGAUCCUCGGUGUCAAUCAUAUCGGUCCAUUCCUGUUGACCAAUCUUCUGUUGGAGCGUCUCAAGGAGUGUGCGCCCAGCCGAGUGGUCAACGUGUCAUCCUGUGGUCAUGAUCUGGGCACUAUUGAUUUCGACUGCAUCAACACACACAAGAAGCUCGCUCUGGGAUCAUCUGACGCUGAUUUAUUCAGGGCCUAUACCCACAGCAAGCUCUGUAAUGUGCUCUUCACUCAUGAACUGGCCAAGAGACUGGAGGGAACCGGCGUCACAUGCUACAGUCUCCAUCCAGGGUCGGUAAGAUCAGAGCUCGCCCGUGACAUCAAUGAAUGGCAUACAAACAUUAUCAAGGCCUUUGUUAACAAGUUCUGGGCGACCGACCCGGUGUCUGGGUCUCAGACGACGCUGUACUGCGCUCUACAGGAGAACAUCGAGCACCUGAGCGGACGAUACUUUUCUGACUCGCAGCUGAUGCAAGUCAAGCCUGAGGCCAGAGACGACGGAAUCGCCAAAAAACUGUGGGACGUCAGUGAGAAGUUAUGUGGCAUGUCUUGAAUACACAGAUGCACACACUGCUGGUAGAAAAUACUGAUUUUGGUAUAUUAUGACCUUCAGGCAGAGUCCGAAAUAUCAGAAUUAUGUUCUGAGCACACAAGUGAGUAGGAAGCAGGUCUGUAAGCAGUGGUGUUAUUCAUUUAACUUUUAUAUUUAGCUUCACAUUUAGUUGUGAUUGAAAUUAUACAUUUAUUUUUCAUAAUCAAAUAAAAAAUGGACAAAUAUAAAACUAUUCAAUUAAAGUUGUUGAUUCUAUCUAUAUAUAAAUAGGUUUUCAAUUUAUUGAAAAAUAUGCAUACAUAUGUGUGUGUGUAUAUAUGAAUGCCCAUUUUGAGAAAGCAUAGUGAAACCGAAUGGAUUACGUCAUUUGAUUUGGACUCAACUACACAACUCAUGAUGCUGUAUGGGAUUGGGUGGAUCCUUUGGCAUAAUCUGGUUGCUGUGACUCUCUGACUGAAUUUUGUGUACAGAAUCAUGGGUAAUGUAGUUUUUUCAUUACACACAAUUGUUUGUAAAAAAAAAAUAAGGCUUUAACUAAAUGCAGUUUUUACUUCCAAAAACUGACUGUUGAACUCUAUAAUAAACACCAUACUCUGAGGAAUGGGUAUGUAAACUGAUGUUCUUCCUUCUGUAUUUGGUUAAAAAAAUAAAAUAAAUGUAUGAUAAA